GUUAUCGAAGAAACGUUCAAGUUGUGACAGAGAGAAUCUCUCGCGGUCGUCUUUGUUUGUCGUCUCCGACGAGCUCUCUUUCUUCUCCGAUUAGAUCCCGUGAGAACGAACCCACAGACUCUAGGGUUUCAAAUUGACUGUUUUGUGUAUUACGAGAAAAGUGAUCGAUGAUACUGUUGCAAUCGCAUUCAAGGUUUCUUCUUCAGACGCUAUUGACACGAGCUCAGAAUCUUGAUAAAGCAGUGGAGCUAGAUUAUCAAUGGAUUGAAUUCGAUGAUGUUCGUUACCAUGUUCAGGUGACAAUGAAAAAUCCAAAUCUUUUGUUGCUUUCUGUUUCGUUACCAAAUCCACCACCUGAAGCAAUGUCCUUUGAUGGACUUCCUUUAGGAGCUAUAGAAGCUAUUAAAACCACUUAUGGGACGGGUUUUCAAAUACUUGAUCCUCCAAGAGAUGGUUUUAGUCUUACCCUGAAGCUCAAUUUCUCUAAAGUUCGUCCGGAUGAAGAGUUAUUAACGAAGCUAGCUUCCAUUAGAGAAGUGGUGAUGGGUGCGCCGUUAAAAAUCAUCUUCAAGCAUUUAGCUUCAAGAACGGUUGCUCCUGAGCUGGAUAGGCUUGUAGCAAUUAUGCAUAGACCUAACGAGACAUUUUUCCUCGUGCCUCAGGCAGAUAAAGUCACCGUGGCUUUUCCAAUGAGAUUUAAAGACUCUGUCGACACAGUUCUAGCGACUUCUUUCUUAAAGGAAUUUGUAGAGGCUAGGCGUGCUGCUGCGCUUAAUACUGCACCUUCUUGUUCGUGGUCUCCAACUGCACCACAGGAAUUAGAGGGAGCUCCUAAAGAAACAUUAUCUGCUAAUGCCGGUUUUGUAACUUUUGUCAUUUUUCCUCGGCAUGUGGAAGGAAAAAAGCUUGAUCGUACUGUGUGGAAUUUAUCAACCUUUCAUGCUUAUGUUAGUUACCACGUCAAGUUUUCAGAGGGAUUUAUGCACACCAGGAUGCGGCGUCGUGUGGAAUCUAUGAUUCAGGCUCUGGAUCAAGCUAAGCCAUUGGAGAAAACAAGAUCGAUGAACAACAAAUCAUUUAAACGUCUAGGACUCAACGAUGUCAAUCACACCAACUCCAAGUAGUUCCGAUUUCUCACAAAGCAAUUUUGUAAAAUCUUGUGAGUAGCUGAGACAUGUUUUUUUCUUGUUCUUAUAAUUGAAUUCAGUCUCUGAUAAUUUAUUCAGAUUUGGAUGUUUGUACAAUUCUUUCAGAUACUCUACACAUCUAAAUUUUUGAACAAAUGUAUAAUGUAAGAAGUUCACCUUUUGAUAUGAA